GAACUGGGUGGGCGUGGCUUUGUAUGUAGAAAAGAAAAGGCAGCGCGCCUGGUUACUCGCGAUCAAUGAAAUGAGGCAGGCGGUCGGGCUGAGUGCGCACUCCCGAUACCCGAAGCGACAGAGCCCUUCACACACCCACGCGGCUCAGCACCGGCCCGGGUCCGACAGCAGCUCUGGCGGCGCUGGACUGGCGAACCUCGCUCCACCGUCACCUGCUGCGUUUUUAUCCACAGAAACGCUCUCACUGAAGCAUUUAACCUCAUUAGUAACCACGUAAAAUAUCCUGACCUGGAUUGACCCCAAUGAGAGACGCUAUGGAAGACCACAUAGUCUGGUCUAUGGUGUAGGAUGGUAGCACAUAGUAACCUGGCAGAUAAUGCACCAGCUGACAACAGAGCAAGAAAUCAUCCUCAGGUACCCAAUAUUCCUCAAAGGCACAGAGAGUCCCGGCCCAGCAUCGCCAGCGCUUUGACUCAAACACACUUCAGACCGUUUCGAUCAGAGAGUGACUUCAGGAUUAUUACAAUGACUACCUCCAUGCUGGAGAACAGCGGCUUCUAUUGGGGUCCUAUGACGGUUGAGGAAGCCCACUCAAAACUGAAAGACGAACCUCUGGGUACCUUUCUUAUUCGGGACAGCAGACAAAAAGAUUUCUUUUUCACCUUGAGUGUGAAAACUAAAUCUGGGCCAACGAGCAUCCGGAUUGAUUUCAAAAACUCUUGCUUCAGUUUAGUUGGCAGCAAGGAAGAGUUUGACUGUCUCAUUAAGUUGUUGGAAUAUUACAUGGCUUCUCCAAAAAGGAGCCUGGUAAGGCCACUACGGAAAGUAAAGGUGCAAAGUUUGCAGGAACUCUGUCGAAGAAAGACAAUUGAGACUUUUGGAAAGGACAACAUUGACAGUAUUCCAAUACACAAUACUGUUUUGAAAGACUACUUGAAAUCGUUUCCAUUCUGGAUAUAAUGGGAAAUCACUUGGCAUUAACUCACUGCCUUAAGGAUUUGUGGAAUAUGCUAACGAGACGGUGUUUCACUUUCCUAGUCUACAGUUUGAAUGGAAUAUAUUUUUGUAGCAAACUAAAAUAUUCUGAAAUGAAACUUGAAAAGUUUAUUUCAAAAGUUUACAUACAUGCUAAAUGUUUACACUAUUUAUGGGAAGUUCAUGCCCAAUCGUAUUUGUCUGCUGUGCAGACAGAAAUAUUUUUUAUAUUUUCUUGUGAAAAUAAAUUUUAUAUUCAAACUAAA